AUGAACGAGUCACCACUCCACAGUCUCCAGUCUCUCGACCGUUGAGGACUCAGCUACUCAGCUCUGAGCAAACAAAACCAAACACUUGAUAACCAAAUUCUUUUGGUUUGAGAUUCAAACAAAUUUCAUACACCAUGAGACGCCAUGGUUGGCAACGCCCUCUCCACCCUCUACAGGUUGUUGGAGUGGCAGUUUACAGUGUUCUGGUGGCGUGUUUCUACGCCUUCUUGGGAAUAUUCCUCGGAAAUCGGACCGCGGAAAUAACACUUAUCGUCAUAUUUUCCUUGGUGGCAAUCUCUGUUAUGUUUCUAUUUGUGAGGUGCACUGCAAUUGAUCCCACAGACAAGACAAGCUUCAAGAGGAAGAAGCGAAAAACGAAAUCUGACACGGUUCCUAAGCUGAAUUACAGGUUUAUUGUUAGCCAGAUUGUGGUGAGGUUUUUCAGGAGGGUAGAAAGGAAGUUACUCAGGACUUUCAUCAAGAGGAAGUACCUCGAUCCGGUGAAGAUGAGCACGGGGAUGGAGCCUCUGCUCCCAUUCCCUCUUGUCAUGAAAGAUGAUGAUGCCAUUUCCCCAAAUCUCAAUGAAGAUGACAUUUCAUUUUGUGCUCUUUGUGAUUUUGAGGUGAAAAAGCAUAGUAAGCAUUGCAGGACGUGCAAUCGAUGCGUCGAAGGAUUCGAUCACCAUUGCAAGUGGUUGAAUAACUGUGUUGGAAAAAGGAACUACACAACAUUCUUUCUUCUUAUGAUUUCCGUCCUAUUAAUGCUUAUCAUUGAAGGAGGGACCGCAAUUGCUGUGUUUAUCAGGUGCUUUGCGGAUAAAAGAGGAAUGGUAAAGGAGCUUCAUAGGAAGCUUCAUGUAGAGUUUCCAAGAGAGGUUCUCGCCACCAUAUGUGUGCUGCUUCUUUUGUUGACUACUUAUAUUUCAGCAGCAUUGGGACAGCUUUUCUUCUUUCAUGUGGUUCUGAUACGAAAGGGAAUGAGAACUUAUGACUAUAUCCUGGCAAUGAAAGAAGAGAAUCAAUUCACAGAACUAGAAUCGCUUGACGAUUCUGAUUUUUCUUCAGAUGAGAGCAUUGAUUUUGACUCACCUGAGAAGCCAACAAUAAUCUCAAGGAUUCUAUGCCAGACCCAGAGCUCACCGAGGUUGUCUAUUAAGAUCGAAGGAGAAACCGGGCCUUCUUCUCUCUUGAACAAGAAACAGAAGUUCCAUGUAAGCAUUAACCCAUGGAAACUCUUAAAGUUGACCAGAGAGAAAGCACUUCUAGCAGCUGAAAAGGCAAGAGAGAAGCUUAUGAGAGAGAAGAAGCCAACAGGGGAAAACAAUUCUUCACUAAGACCUCUUCCACUAGAGACAAAAAGCGGACCUUCGAUGAACAACACAGAUAGAAACACGGACAAUAAUAAUGACGGAUAUUCUGGCUCUUCAUCAACAACUUUCCUAGCAAAAGGGAGAGUUACAGGAUCACCAGGCAUGAUUUCAAGCCCAAGAAGAAGAUUUUCUGGCACACCAACAAUGUUCUCUAGCAGCACCAUUUUGCCUUCUCCGAAACAGAAGUAUAGAAGCAGUUUUGAUUUGAAGUUAACAGGAGUGUCCAGGGAGCUUGAAACACAUAUUUCAAGGCAGGUUCUUUGUUCAGUUAUCAGCAAAGAUGGAAGUGAACAACCAUCCCCAAAAUAGGCUAGUGUGUGUCUGUAAUAUUUUUAUGUUGAAAUUCUCGACCUUAGAGAAAAUGAUUUGUUCAUAUGUCUGUUUCCUGUGUAACAUUGAUUCCAUAUAAUUUAUUUAUACAUGGGAUGGUUGGUCACCAUAUGUAACAUGGAUUUAUUUUCAAUUUAUACAUGGGUGCAAUUCUAGUCA